AUGUAUGGAGUGAAAGCAGAUGGGCUUCGAGACUUGCUGAUCACCACGGACGAGACCCUAAUUCAAUUCUCGUGCACAAGGCCCACUCAGCAGACGUUCUUUCUUGUCCGCCCAUGGGACCAUCGUCUCCUCGGGCUGCCUGAUUUUUCAGAGCAGCUCACCUUUGUAGACGAAGGGGAGAGCAUAAGGGAUUGGUCCGAGUCCGAGUCUGAAUUGGACAACACUGACAAGUUGUCCAGCAACUCACCUGGAGAAGAGGAGUUGUCAGUUGACUCGGAUGUUCACUCACGAUCAUUGUGUUUGAUGGUUCACCUUGGGCAGGCUUUCAGCGCACUUUUGGUAAUGCAGCAACGCGUUGGAGAAUACAAGAGGGUCGCGUCAGACCAUAAUAUCAUUGCGCAGGCAUCCGUAACACCUACAGGAGCCCCAGCUCUGCCUACGCCUGCCCCCGCUCUACUAGACUCUCUGCGCGGCGUGCUUGCAUCUUUCGUAAUAGUGCAAUCUUUGCAAAAGAAGAGACACACUAAGAAGCAUCCUUUACCCCCUGGUCCUCCACCUCUCCCUUUUGUUGGAAAUGUGAUCGGAAUCAACCCAGAUUGUCCAUGGUUAGCAUAUUCAAGAUGGGGAACUGAGUAUGGGGAAAUCGUUUACUCCCGACUCUUCAGUCAGGAUAUCGUGAUCAUCAACUCCGAAAGAGUUGCGCAUGACUUGCUCGACCGUCGUUCACAGAACUAUUCCAUGAGACCCCCAGGGCUUGUGCACCUUCUUGGCUUUUUUGGUCAUGACUACAACUCUGUCUUUCUACCCUACUCAGACAAGUGGAGACUUCACAGGCGAAUCUUUCAUGAAGCAUUCCAUUUAGAAGCAGUGUCAUCCUUCCAUCCGAUUCAAAUGCGCAAUGCUCACAGUUUGAUACUAAACUUACUAGCCUCUCCGGAGGUGUAUGGAACCCAUUUCCACAUCUUCAGCACGGCUAUCAUCAUUUCAAUCAUGUAUGAUUAUGCUAUAGCGCCCGUUGAUGAUCCCUUUCUCGCGCUCGUUGAACGCUCACUUUGA